AUGUAUGGACUAGAGGAUUUAGUCACAAUCAACAUGAUCAAUGAGACUCAAGAUAGACACAUAGAUACAGAGGCUGGUCAUAAGCCUCGUGACUGUUAUUUGUGUGGCAAGCCAUGUAAACAGCCUGGUAAUUUGCAAUAUCACAUAAGAAGACACACAGGGGAUAAAUCUCAUAACUGUUAUGUGUGUGGUAAAGGGUUUAAUUAUGCCAGUGUUUUACAGGAUCACAUGAGAACACACACAGGGGAGAAACCGUAUGUCUGCGACGUAUGUGGUAAAGGGUUUAUUUAUCCCAGUGGUUUACAGACUCACAUGAGAACACACACAGGGGAGAAACCGUAUGACUGUGAUUUAUGUGGUAAAGGAUUUAAUCGCGUUGGUAAUUUACAGCGACACAUUAUAACACAUACAGGGGAUACACCUUAUGACUGUGGUGAGUGUGGUAAGGGGUUUAGUCAUCUUAGUAGCUUACAGAGACACAUGAGAACACAUACAGUGGAUAAAUCUCAUAAAUGUGAUGUAUGUGGUAAAGUUGUUAGUCACCUUAGUAAUUUUAAUAGACACAUGAGAACACAUACAGAUGUUAGAACUCAUGACUGUGAUGUAUGUGGUAAACAGUUUAAACAGCAUUAUGAUUUAGGUAGACACAUGAUUAUACAUACAGGAGAUAAACCUUAUGACUGUUGUGAAUGUGGCAAAGCGUUUAGCCGGCUUAGUAAUUUAAAGAGGCACAUGAGAACACAUCUUGUAGAUAGGGAGGAUAAAGUAGAUGAAGCUCACAAGGAGCAUGAUGAGAUGUUUGUCGUUGAGGUUAAGUGUGCGUGA